AUUCAGGGUUCCGAUAGUUAGCUGAGCACUAAUUGUCGAAAAUGACGACGAACGCGGAAGAUUUACAGAAGCUGGAGGAAGAGGCGGUCGCUAGGGGCACGAAGUACGUUGCGAACCUUUUGCAGCGGCCGGGCCAGCUGGAGAAGAUUGACAUGUACAAACGGCGGAUCGCCAGGAAGAAGGCAUCCGUCGAGACCAUGCUAAAAACCGCGAUGCAAAGCCAAUUGGACGGAGUCAGGGUCGGCUUCGAGCAGCUGCAGAACUCCUUGGAAGCUAUCGCCACUACCAAGGACGACCUGGACCAUAUUAACCAGCUGUUCAGCUCAGUUCUGAAGCUCAGCUCCAGGCUACAAGCAGUGCAGGAGGAGAAUAUGCGUUAUUCUCAAUACGUCAUCGCGAAGGAGAACCUGAAGCAUAUAUUUACUGUCCCUGAGAGCGUGGAGAAGACGAAACAGUGGAUAAACGAAGGUAAGCUGCUGCACGCGCAUCAGAGUCUGAUGGAUCUCGAAACUUCCAGGGACGAGUUGUUGUAUGAGCUUCACAAAUUGCCGAAUCAAUCGCCGGCCGACACGGUUAUGCUAAAGGCUUAUUUUGAGGACGUGGAAAUGCUUUCACAGCUUAUGGAGAAGCAAAUAAGACUGGUGUUGAGUCGUACUUUAAACACAGUCAGGAAGGAACCUACUGUCAUAGUGACACCUUUAAGAAUUAUAGAGAGGGAGGAAAAAGCAGAUCAGUUUGCCAUUCAAAGACACAAGCAGAGUGGAUUUAUGGCGCCAGGUAGACCCAAGAGAUGGAAGGAGAUGGCGAUGAAGGUGCUGGAAAAGUCAGUUGCCAACAGAAUCGAGGGGACUCAAGUCGAGGAGAGAGCUGACAACAAAAUGUGGCUUGUGAGGUAUCUGGAACUUACGAGACUUCUGAUCCUUGAGGAUUUGAGAGUGGUUAAAACUCUGUGCAAACCUUGCUUUCCACCCUGGUACGAUAUAGUAAGUACUUUUGUUAAAAUGUAUCAUACGAGUCUAUCUCAGCAUUUAAAGGACAUAAUUGCCGGUGGACUGGAAGGAAACGAAUAUGUUUCUCUAUUGGCAUGGAUUAUGAAUACUUAUACAGGGUCGGAGUUGAUGCAACAUCCUGAAUUAAACAUUGAUACGUCCGAUAUAGGCCCGCUGCUUACUCCCGAGAUGAUAAAUGAUCUUCAGGAGAAGUACCUGCGAAAUAUGUGUCAGAAUUACGAGGAUUGGAUGAGAAAAACGUUGGAAACAGAGAAGCUCGAUUGGAGGAGCGGUGUCCUGCCUGACAGUAGCACCCAGGAGCUAUAUUAUCACACUGCCGCGCCGGUUAUCAUAUUCCAAAUGAUUGAUCAAAAUCUUCAAGUUGCAAAAACCAUCAGCUCUGACUUGACGGCGCAAGCCUUGAUUCUGUGUAUUGAGCAGGUGAUCAAAUAUGGAUCUAUAUAUAGACAAGCAAUACUAGAAUUUAAAACAAAGCAUUUCGAGGACAGAAGCCAGGUACCUUACUUCACUCAUCAUAUGAUCACGAUAGUCAAUAACUGCAUACAGUUUACCGAGUUGGCGCAGCAGAUGAAGCAGCUUUACUGGGUGCCCAAUACUACUGGUGACGUCACAGUGAAAUUCGAGAGUCUCUUGACGAAUUAUCAAUACCUAAGAAACGAAGCUGCAGCUAUUCUAUUGCAAGAAUCUUUCUUGGAUCUGGAGCUGCACUUCCAAGAUUUAAUCACGCCUAAGUGGCUAUCAUCGCCCAUUCCGGUGGAGACCAUCUGCGUCACUUUAGAGGAUUACUUUCAGGAUUACAAUCACCUGAGUCCCAAGAACUUUGAGUAUGUCAUCACCGAGGCACAGAAUCUUAUCGCGAAGCGUUACAUAUCCGCGAUGUUACAGAGAAAGAUCUCUCUGAAGACCUAUGACGAGUGCCUAACGUGCACGUCAAAAAUAAUGACGGAGGCGGACAAACUGAAGAACUUUUUCGACAGAAUCGCGCCAAAGGUCGGGAACUUCAAUUCGCCAUUUGAGAUAAUAAAACGCCUCGCUGAAGUGCUGAGGUGCGAGGACGCGGAGAUACUCUCUCUCGAUUUACACUCGUUGGUCGAGAAGUAUCCCGACAUGACGGAGGAUCAUCUCAUCAGAUUGCUUGGCCUGAGAGGUGACAUAUCGCGAGCGGAAGCGCGAGGAAAGGUCUCAUACAUCAUGGAGGCUCAACGAAAUCGGAAGCCCGUACAAUCCAUGACAAACAGCAUAUUCAAGCAGAUAGUUAUACAGGAUAGCUUCCUUGGCUGGAAGCCUUGAGAUUGGAAGAAUCUGUACGAGGCAAAAAUAUGGAACACAAAUGGUUCUUCUAUGUAGCGCCAUACUAUUUUUGCAAAUCAACUGUUUCUUUUAUACAA